UAAUGAGUGAAUUCUGAAUGUUUUAUUUGUCUGCAUUCUCUCUCUACACAUCUUUUUCAUUCGCUAAAUUCUUCAAACUUUUCAUAACUAAAUCCAGAAUCUCUGUUUUUUUUCUUCUUCAAACAGAACCUUUAUAAGCCAGAAAUAUUAAUAAGGUGAAAAGUGAUGAUGAUGGAUGAAUAUAUGGAUUACAGACCAGUGAAGUACACGGAGCACAAGACAGUGAUCAAGAAGUACACUAAAAAGUCGUCAGUGGAGAACAAGAAGAAGAAGAAGAUCAGUCCUGGUCGUGACUCCGCGAAGUUGGUUCGGGUGUGCGUGAUGGAUCAUGACGCUACUGAUUCAUCAAGCGACGAGGAGGAGCUUUUGUUCCCUAGAAGACGGGUCAAGAGAUUGAUCAACGAGAUCAGAGUCGAACCUGCCUCCUCCGACGAAGUCUCGGCGGCUGCGAAUAAGAACGGUAAAAGCCUGGCCGUUGAACCUCCGCUUGAAAAGGUCUCUGUCUCCGGUGACGAUCAAAACGAGAGGAAGUUCCGCGGCGUGAGACGGCGGCCGUGGGGAAAGUACGCGGCGGAGAUUCGUGAUCCGGAGCAACGCCGGAGGAUUUGGCUCGGUACAUUCUCAACGGCGGAGGAGGCUGCCCUCGUCUACGACAACGCAGCGAUCAGGCUUCGUGGCCCUGAUGCUCUCACCAACUUCGCCGUACCACCAGAGCCCAAACCGGAGCAGGAACCAGAAUCCAAGAGCAGCAUAUCGGUUUCUUCAACAUCAGAGUCAAUGGACUACUCUAAUCAUCAUUUGUUAUCGCCAACAUCGGUUCUCAACUACGGAAUCUCAGAACCGAUCGAUGAACCUGUCAAACCGGUUAAACAAGAGUUUAUUAAACCGGAACCAAUAACCUGGCCUUUCGAAGAAGGUAAUGGUAAUGAUAUUGAUGGUUCAUUUCCAUUGGAUAUUCCAUUUCUCGACAACGAAUCAUUGCCGGACAUCUCCAUUUUCGAGCAAUCAAUGUCUCAUAUUCAAUCGCCAGAGAAUGGUUUCUUCGAUGAUCUUAUGCUGUUCGAUCACAACAAUAUGGGAGGAGAAAAUUAUUGUUCCGAUAUCGAAGAGAUUGGUUCAAUGUUCAACAGUGUUGAUGAUUUUUUUAUAUCUGAUUUUUUAGUUGUAUGAUAAUUUCAUACAAAAAGAGAGACACACAUUGGUUUCAAAUAUAGCUGAUGGGAGUCAAAUUUUGUCUUGAAUUUUUGAGUUUUGAUAAGUUUUCAUUUUAAUAAUUUUGUUUAGGAGUAACUGAAGUGUGCGGUGUCCUGGUUUGUAAAAUAUUUUUGU